AGCUUGCCGUAUGAGUAAGUAAUACUUCGCUAUUGCGGAUUUGGGCACACUAAUCAUCAACUCUAGAAAAUGAUUGCCACAACUGUUUUUGGACUCAUGAUGAUGCAUGUUGGAGCUGCAUCUAUUCAAUCGUGCCUCUUUCUGCCAAAUGUUAUGCUGAACGGUGGUACGGUAGACGAAUUUCAGACGGAUGAUAUUACGCAAUGUUGUGUGCAAUGCUCAUCUAGCAGCUGCUGCAUUGCGUACACGUAUGACACGGUUAAAAAAAGGUGCUACUUGAAAAACGCCAUUGGAUUCUCGACGGAAGACUUUUCGAAGACUAGUGGAUUGAAGCCAAACUCACGAUACGGAAAAGGAGUCACUUUGAAAAACGUCAAAAUUCUUGGAGACCAAACGAAUCGGGUAGAAUUACGAUCAGAAGAAGAAUGCAGACAAUAUUGCACUGCUUAUCAAGUGUUCUCUUGGGGACCACCAAACCAUGAUCAAAUGAUUCGAAGCGGAGAAUGUGUUUGUACAAUGAGAAUCAAAAGUCUAAGUUACGAAUAUGGAUGUACAUCGGAAAUUAACCCUGCUCAAGGUUAAACUAUAAUCUGAAAUUUACUUCUUAUUAUCCUCUGCCCGUUGACAAACUUUAUGCUUGCUUUAAUAUUAUAUUUGUAGAAGUUAGUACAUACGACACAAAGGAAAAGCUCCUUUCUAUCUUUAUCGUUUUUUUAUCCGUCACUCUCAACAACGCAAACCUAAAAUGCACAGUUCAAAAAACCUCAUCAGAUUAUGAAAAAUCGAUAUUUAUAUUUCUUCUACUAUGUUAUUUUAAAGAUCCUCCAAUUGCCAAAAAAACCUAAACCAAACAAAAUCAAAACUGAUUUUCUCUAUUUUCUGCAAAUUGUAAGAUGAAACAAUACUUUUUUCCGAUCUCUGUUACAUUUUCAUACUUCGUGUUUUUUGUCUUUAUAUGAACUUUGGUCACAUUUGUUUUAAUAAAGAAAACAGGAGAAGAAUU